AUUACUGGUGUAGGUAAUAUAAUGGCUGGGGAACGUGAUGCUCGUGCGAAGGAGCGUGCAACCCUACGUAGGGACCAAGCCAUCGCUCGGAUUCGUCAGAUACAUGUAUUGGCUACAAGCUCAGCCACCGAUGAAGCUAGUCGAGCUCAAUUAGCUGUGGCUAUUGUUGACAUUGAUAGUUUGUGGGCCAACUUUAUUGUUGAGAAUAACAACCUUCUAGAAAUACUUUCCGAAUUGGAUUUGUUGGGGGAGUUUUCUGUGAAUGUAGAAAUUGAGACCCGUGCUUUGGUAGUAGAAGCUAAGGCCUUGUAUAAGGCAUCUCAACCAACUUCCGCCUUUAGCGUCGGUACGGUUCAACAAGUAUCGUACGAGGGUAUAGUUGACCAAGCAAGUUCUUCUGCUGAGGGGUCAUCUAAGGACUGCUCAGCUCCCUACACACCGAUGGCUGUGACACCUAUGAGGUUGCCUGAAAUCCCUCUACCGACUUUUGAUGGUGAAUGUCAGAAUUGGCCAGCCUUUAGGGACAUGUUCGGCAACAUGGUGGCCAACAACGAUAAGAUUCCAAAUGUUACCAAGUUCUAUUAUCUGGUAGGAUGUUUACAUUCUGAUCCGCAGGAAGUCAUAAAGGGAUUUUCGAUAUCGAAUGAGUCUUUUACUCUGGCUUGGGAUGCGUUGAUCGAACGUUACGAUAAACCACGUAGGCUGGCAUCAUCAAUAAUUGAUAAAUUGAUAGCCGCGCCGGUCGCGAGUUCUGAAAAUCUUGCAGCUCUGCAAACCUUUAUGUCGGUCUUCGACGAGAACAUCACGAUCCUGGAGUCGCUUCAGAUCCCGGAUCUAGCGUCGUUCCUGUUGUUUUCAUUGGCUGCCAGGUGUCUACCUACAAUCUCGAGGCGUCUUUUCGAGGCUGAAAAUGUUAAAGAAUAUCCGUCGAUCCAGAGCGUGAUCAAGUUCGUUAAAACGAGAAUCCAGGUCCUUGAAAAUGCAGGGGUAAAACCGACAGGAAGCUCCUCCAAGUCGGCCAACCCCAGGAAAGCUGGUUUUCCUCGAGAAUCGAAGACCGCACUAGUAUCGACGUCCAAACCUCUUUCGGCCAAACAUAAUUUGUCCAAAGCUGCGUCAACCAAAUCUACUUCGGCGUCAUGUUACGUUUGUUCCGGUGCUCACCAGCUAGCUGAUUGUGCGAAAUUUAAGGCUUGCUCAGUCGAUGAACGCUACAAGGUAGUGUGCACGCAUCGCCUUUGCAUGGUCUGCUUGCUCCCCGGGCACAUGUCGUUCAAGUGCUCUUCUUCGUGCUCCAUAUGCAAGAGGCGCCAUCAUGCGCUACUACAUCGAGAUCAGGAACCGUCGAAUUCCGCUCCUCCAGCCGCCAUGUUAGGUCGACAACAAGCUCCAACGGUCCUGCUCGGGACGGCCUUGGUCCAUGUUCGAGAUACAAUUGGCAGUUGCCGGACGGUGCGUGCGCUGAUCGACUCGGCCUCGCAGAUCAGUGCAAUCACAUCGGCUUGCUGCAACCGCUUGGGAUUACAGCCCUCGCGAUGGACAGUACCCGUAACUGGUCUUUCCGGUCAGAAGGUCCCGGAUGUGCAGGGUAUCGUUCAGCUGACGAUCCAGCCAAGGGAUAAGCCAACGCCAGCUAUCAAGGUCAAGCCGUGGGUACUCUCUGCCAUCACGUCUGAUAUGCCAGCUCGACAAUUACCAGUUCAGGUACGAGCCAAAUGCAGCCAUCUGACAUUGGCAGACCCAAGCUUCGAUGAACCGGCUCCAGUCGAGAUGCUUAUUGGCGCCGAUAUAUUUCCCCAAGUAUGGAAGAACAAGUGCAGCUCGUUGGGUCCAGGUUUCCCUUCCGCUUACAGCUCGGUAUUUGGUUGGGUGCUGAUUGGUCCAGUUCAGGAGCAUCCAGAUAUUGGUGCACAGGCCAUGUUGGUAUCGCUGGUAUCGUCCAUGGAAUCCAUCAUGGAAAGGUUUUGGAAGGUAGAGGAACCUGAAGCUGCUCCGCCUCAGUUCACCGAAGACGGAUUGUGUGAAGAAUUGUUUAACUCGGAGAUGCGCAGGGAUGCUCGAGGUCGGUUCGCGGUACCUCUUCCCUUCCGCACAGGCCGUCCAUUAAAAGAUUUUCCUGGUUCACGGCAAGUGGCGUUAAACAGAUUCCUGCAGCUGGAGAGAAAACUAUCAUCCGAUGAAGUCCUUUACAAUACAUACCGCAAAUUCAUGCUCGAUUAUGAGAGACUAGGUCAUAUGACUCUCGCAGAAGGUCCCGGUCAAUAUUUCAUUCCCCAUCAUGCGAUUCAGAAGUCCGAAGGGGACAGUGUCAAAUUGAGAGUGGUGUUUGAUGCGUCGGCAAAGUGCCAUUCGGGUGUCUCUCUUAACCAAUGUUUGUUGGUCGGGCCGAAACUGCAGCAAGAUAUCGUUGAUGUUUUGAUUGGAUUCCGCGUACACAAAGUGGCCUUCACCACGGAUAUAUGCAAGAUGUAUCGCCAGAUUGAGGUGCUGCCUCAAUACCGGGGUUACCAAUACAUCCUGUGGAGGGAAUCGCCACAAGCUUCGCUAAAAGAGUAUACACUUAAUACAGUCACGUAUGGAGUAAAUAGUGCGCCCUAUUUGGCGUUGCGAGUCCUCCGCUACAUCGCCGACACGGAAUGUGAAAGUUUUCCGGAUGUGAAAGGAGCUCUGCGUCAUCAGACUUAUAUGGAUGAUAUAUGUGUGGGUGCAGAGUCGUUGGAAGCUGCUAAAACGCUUCAGUUGAAUCUAAUCAACACUCUCGCCAGAUCCGGUUUGGAGUUAAAGAAGUGGGCCAGCAAUACGCCAGAAUUGUUGGAACAACUACGUCCUGAAGAUUGCUCCGGAGAUCCGCUGGCAUUUGAGCAAAAUGAUGCUACGCACGUCGUAUUGGGAAUGCGGUGGAAUCACGAUCAAGAUUAUUUCUCCUUCAGCAUUAACAAUUUCAAGAUGAUUCCUACCAAACGUGGAGUGUUGUCGAUGAUUGCCAGAAUCUUUGAUCCUUUAGGCCUGUUGGCGCCGGCAACGUUCUAUGCCAAGUCGAUCAUGCAACGGGUGUGGGUCGCACAGAUUAGUUGGGACGAUCAACUGCCAUCAGAUAUAGCUGAAGAUUGGUGUGACUUCUAUCAUUCUUUAGGUUGGCUGGUCGGAAUGAAGAUUCCACGCUACAUCGGUUGUUCCGCUGGAUGUAGCUAUGAUUUGUGCGGUUUCUCUGACGCGUCCACGAAAGGGUAUGCAGCGGUCGCUUACCUCCGUGUCACUGCAAAGUCAGGAAGUGUUGAUGUCUAUCUUUUAGGGUCCAAAACGAAGUUGGCUCCAAUGAAAACCUCGACGAUCCCACGGCUCGAACUGAGCGGAGCGGUGCUACUUGCUCUAUGGCUGGGAAGAAUCAAACGCGCUCUGGAGCCUCAACUAGAGAUUUCGAAUGUCUUCGCUUGGUCGGACUCGACCAUUGUGCUCUCAUGGUUGGGCAACACUCAUACCUCGUUUAAGACUUUCGUAUCCAACCGUAUCUUCCAAAUUCAAACCACGAUUCCUGUUUGCCAGUGGUUACAUGUUCGGUCGGAGAAUAACCCUGCAGAUUGUGCUUCUCGGGGACUUCGCCCGUCUGAACUCAAGGAGGCGACAUUGUAUUGGAAGGGACCUACCUUUCUGUUAUCGAGUGCCGACAGUUGGUCAACGGGAGUUAGCAGAAUAUCUCUGGAUCAGCUGCCGGAGGUGCAGCCUGCAUGUGUAGUGGCGCAAAGCCACCCUCCAGAAGAAUGGUAUGCUCGGUUCUCUUCUUUCGACCAUAUGAUCCGGGUAGUAGCUCGACUUCGCCGGUUCAUAUCGAGGUGUCGUAAGAUGGAUGUCGAAACCGGGUUCUUGAAGCAGUCCGAGCUCGACGCUGCUCUAAUCAUGGUCGUGAAAAGCGCACAGAACUGCUUUUUCCGUGAAGUCAUCAGCAAUUUAACACGUGGCGAGGAAGUUCAGCGUAAGGGUAUUGCUCGCCUUUCUCCGUUCUUGGACUCGCUCGGGGUAGUCCGUGUAGGAGGUCGCCUCCAAAACACAAAUUGGUCCGAACGUCGAAGGCACCCGAUGCUGAUACCGAAGGAAGCUCACUUGGCAGUGCUUGUGACUCGCCAUUGGCAUAGCUACGCAUGCCAUGCCGGUCCGCGGUUAUUAACCGCACUUGUUCAGAGACGUUUUUGGGUAGUUGGCAUUCGCCUUGUGGUCCAUCGGGUGAUUCGCAGAUGCAUAAUUUGCGCUAGGACCAAGCCCGUAAAUCCUCAACCAAUGAUGGCUGAUCUGCCUAGGUUUCGUGUCCAGGAAGCUCAUCCGUUUUCUGUAGUUGGGAUAGACUAUGCCGGUCCCUUGCAGAUGAAGGAACUUAGCCUGCGAAAGGCACGUAUCGUGAAGGUAUACAUUGCAGUAUUUGUGUGUAUGACCACCAAAGCGGUGCACUUAGAACCGGUAUCGGCCCUUUCGACUGAGGCCUUUCGGUUAACGCUAGAUAGAUUCGUGGCUCGUCGUGGUCUACCGUUGUCGAUUUACUCCGAUUGUGGCACCAACUUUGUCGGUGCAGCGAGGCAGCUGCGACAAUUAGUCAAUCAUCCGGAUACUAGGGAUCAGUUAUCCGGGCAUAUUGCGUGCGAGUGGCAUUUCAAUCCCCCUGGUGCUCCCCACUUCGGAGGAAUUUGGGAAGCCGCCGUGAAAUCGGCCAAGUCGUUGCUUUUACGUGCCAUGAAUUCCCAAGUUUGGACGUUAGAGGAAUUCACAACGGUGUUAUGUCGGGUAGAGGCUGCUUUGAACUCGCGUCCUUUAGUACCAGCAUCAUCUGAUCCAAAUGACUUAGAGUGCUUAACACCCGGUCAUUUUUUAGUUGGUCGUCCUCUGAUGUCAAUUCCGGAACCUGUGUUGGACAGUGCACAAACGGGACUGCAGACUCGCUGGAAGCUCCUCCAGCAGUCUUUCCAGUACUUUUGGCGACGUUGGUCUCAAGAAUAUCUGAAUACCCUCCAAGUUCGUGGAAAGUGGACUAAAGAUAGCAACAACGUCGAAGUUGGUAAUAUGGUGGUAGUAAAAAUUAGCGAUACCCCCCCUCUUACUUGGCCUUUAGGUAGGGUGAUUGAGGUGUAUCCGGGCACAGAUAAUAUAGUGCGGGUGGCAAAGGUAAGGACCAACCAGGGAGUGUUCACUAGACCAGUUGUAAAUUCAGCUAAGGCCGUAGCUCAGGAAAAAAUCGAUCACCGUUCUGGGCUGCUCAACUGCUCCGUUCAUCUGCUCAACUGCUCCGUCCAACUGCUCCGUUCAUCUGCUCAACUGCUCCGUUCAUCUGCUCAACUGCUCCCUCCAACUGCUCUGUUCAUCUGCUCGACUGCUCCGUUCAUCUGCUCAACUGCUCCGUACAUUGCUCCCAGCUCCAACAUCAUCUAG